AUGUCCCUCCUCAACGACCAGCUGGUCGAGCGCGCCGCGACCUCGGCCGGCGUCAUCCUGCUAGUGACAGCCUCCCUCUGGCUCUUGCACCUCGUCCGCACGCUCUGGCGGCUCCGGCACGUCCCCGGCCCGCUGCUGUCCAAGUUCACCGACCUAUACCGCGCCCAGCUGGUGCGCACCCUCCGGUCGCACGAGAUCCACCAAGGCUUCCACGACCGGUACGGCGCCGUCGUCCGUCUCGGCCCGCGCAUGGUCUCCGUGUCCGACCCGGCCGCCAUCCCCACCAUCUACCCGAUGCGCCCGGGGUUUCCCAAGGGCGACUUCUACGAGGCAUUUAUCCCGUAUCUGCCGGGUGGUUCACUUCCGGCUAUCUUUACCGCCCGCGAUGAGAACCUCCACAAGCGGCUCAAGAGCCCUGUGGCCUCGCUGUACAAUCUCAGCAGCAUCAUGAAGUGCGAGCCGUCGGUGGACGAGACGCUGGAUGUCCUGUUUGAGCAGCUGGACACUCGCUUCGUAGCCACGGGCAAGACCGUCGAGCUCGCCGACUGGCUGCAGUACUUCGCCUUCGACGUCAUGGGCACCAUGACCUUCUCCAAGCGCUACGGCUUCCUCGAAAGCGGCGCCGACAACCUUGGCAUCUCCACCGGCAUCUGGAACUUCAUGCUCACCGUCGGGCCCAUGACCCAAGUCCCCUGGCUCGACAAGAUCCUGCACAAAAACGCCAUCGCCGCCAAACUCAAGAAGGCCAGCGGCAACAAAAUCAUGCAGAUUGCCGCUGACGCCGUCGCCGAGCGCAAAGCCGAGACCGCUGCCAAGUCUGAGUCCAACGGCAACGGCAACGGCCACUCCCACAAAUCCGCUAAGCAAGACUUCCUCGGUGAAUUCCUCAAACUCCAAUCCGCCUCCGAAUCCUCCCCGCCCUGGGCGCCCCUCGUCUGGACCUUCUCCAACAUCAUCGCCGGCUCUGACAGCACCGCCGUCGUCAUGCGCACAACCCUCUACCAUCUCCUCACCCACCCUUCCGACCUCGCCCGCGUACGCGCCGAGCUGGAUGCCCUGCCCAAUCUUACCACAACGGCAGAGACCUCUAAAGAAGGCUUCAAAUACCCCCGCUGGACCGACCUCAACACCCUCCCCUACCUCUCGGCCUGCGUCGACGAAGCAGUGCGCCUCCACCCACCCUUCUGCCUGGCCCUCGAGCGGGAAGUCCCCGCGAGCGGUGUGGUGGUGUGCGGGACGUACUUGGAGCCGGGCACACGCGUGGGAAUGAACCCGUAUGUGGUGAACCGGCAUAAGGGGACGUUUGGGGAGGAUGCGGAGGUGUGGCGGCCGGGGAGGUGGUUGGAAGGGGAUGAGGAGCAUAGGAGGAAACUGGCGGGGAGUGUGAUGACGUUUGGGGCGGGGAGGAGGGUUUGUUUGGGGAAGGCGUUGGGGGUGUUGGAGGUUAAGAAAGUUGUGGCGGCGUUGGUUGUUAAUUAUGAGAUCGACCUCAUCGACCCCAAGGCCUACACAGUGGAGAACUCGUACUUUUUCCGCCAAAAGGGUAUCCUUGCCAAGCUCCGGCGGCGUCAGGCCUAA